AUGCAGCCUUCUUUCGUGAUGGCCCUCAUGGCUGCCGGAACUCUCACCGGCCUGGUCGCGGGCACCUCACACCAGGGACGCCCCAAGGGUUGGUGUGAAAAGGCGGACUGCAGCAAGGUUCCUGCGCCCUACUCCCGCCGCGGCAUCGUUUCCCUCCGUGACGACAGGUGCCAGUACUCGUGCCACCUGCGCCGGCUGCGCAAGGCGGCGGAGAAGAGCGCGAGGGAAAAGCCGGUUGACAUGGGCAUCGUUCCGAGCGUGGAUGAAAUCAUUGCACCAGAGCCGGACGAGACCGAAACGGAGCCGUCUGAAGACGCCAAGAAAAAGCACGCCGCCGAAGAUGUCAACAUGCCCGACGCGCUCCAAGGUGGCAGCGCCGCCGCCGCCUCCAUCUUCGCCUCCAGCCCCGGACUCUCUAAGCGCGCCGGCGAGGCUGCUCCGCAGGCGCCCACUGGCCAGUUUGACGUGGCCGUCACCAACAUACCCCGCCGCAGCGAAGGUCCCUGCAAGUUCUCCGUCGACGCCAGCGCCAAGCCGGAGCAGUCCGGGGCCGACAUUGUCUGCCUGGGCGCCAACGGCCAGAGAAUGAUGAGAAGCAUGACGCGCGCCACCGUGGCCAUGUUCGCCGCCCGGCUGGCCGCCGAGUACGACCGCAGUUGCGAGCUGACCGCCGACACCAAGGCUUACUUUGAGGGCGAAGAAGACAAGCCCGUGUCUCCGUUUGAUCCUAGCAGUACCGCUGAGGCGAGCGCCGUAGUGCAGAAAGACACGAAGCAACUCUUGUUCCUCAGCUGCGGUGCCGUCUUCUUCAACCGGGCGGUUGCCGGUAGUUCGGGCGAUGCCGCUGCUCCGGCGGUCAGGAUGCUUCGCGACGCGCGCGGCUUUGUGCCUCUGAUGGCUGAAGGGAUCCCAUCAACGGUGUUCUCUACCAAGCAAGCUGGCAAGACCUACGACGCCGCCAGCCCACCUCCCUGGCUUGAGGAGGUCCAGGCCGAGGUGAAGACUGCUUCUGGUGCUUAG